AUGGCCUCGUCAAUGGCAGCCUUUUCCAAGAGGCUUGCCAUGAUCCUUAAGGAAGCCUCCGCUGGGUCUUCAGUGGCGGUCAUGUCCAAAAAAAUCGCUAGUAUCUUCAGAGAUGCGACACCCCAGCAGAUCCUCCAAUAUGUCGUCCCUCUCGUUGCAGCCUAUCCCGUCCUCGUCGCACUGCUUCGCUUUCGCAAUAUGAAGCGACUGCACAGGAAAUACAAUUAUCCAACGCGAGAGUCAUUUGCCCAAAUGACAGACGAGGACGCCUUCCAGAUCCAGAAGAACUUGAUACAGAUUGAAUUCCCUUUCUUCUACACAAAGUCCUUACAGUUUGCACUCUUCAAGACCUAUGGCAUCCCUACCAUUUCGCGGACCCUGACUAAGACAAGCCAGUUCUCAAACGCCAGCACCUCCUACAAGCGCUAUACAGACACAAGCGCCCUCGUCCAGGAGUUCGUGGGGCAGUCCCCAUCGGCAGCGCGUGGACAGGCGGCUAUUGUGCGUACUCGAUACCUCCACAGUGGCUACCGGGCCUCGGGCAUGAUUCUCGAUGAUGACAUGCUCUAUACUCUCGGCCUAUUCGCCAUCCAGCCAGUGAGGUUCAUCAACAAGUAUGAAUGGCGCCAGCUCACGGACAUGGAGAAGUGCGCCAUCGGCACCUUCUGGAAGAGUGUCGGCGAUGGACUGGAAGUCAGCUAUGAUGCGCUCCCUUCUGGUAAAAUCGGGUUCCGGGACGGCCUGCAUUGGUUGGAGGAGAUCAUGGCCUGGAGCGAUGCCUACGAGGAAAAGUGCAUGGUAACGGACCCCAAAAACCGCGAGGUCGCUGACGAGACGACGGCGGUGUUGGUCUACCUUAUUCCCAAGCCAUUCCAGCACAUCGGUUUGAAAUUCGUCUCCUUCAUGAUGGAUGACCGUCUGCGCAAAGCUAUGCUUUACGACCCGCCACCGGCAUCAUAUGCUAGCUUCUUUUCGUUCCUUGUGUCUGCGCGCCGCUUUGUUCUGCGCUACCUUGCAUUACCGCGGCCUCACUUCAUGCGCAUGAAAACCUUCACUGAGGAGCAAUCUGUAGACGAGCGUAUCUUCAUCACUCAAUGGGAUGGCGAUCCUUAUUACGUUAAACCGACCGUCUGGAAUCGCUGGGGUCCGAUGGCUUGGUACAAGUGGGCACUUGGCCGCCCUCUUCCGGGGGAUGAAGGUGACAAGUACUGUCCGAACGGAUAUUACAUUCCUGAUGUCGGGCCCAAAUACUUCGAGGGCAAGGGUAGAAAGCAGCAGCAGGAGGGCAUGGAAGGCUUGAAAGUCUCGCGAACUGGCAAGUGCCCAUUUCAUUAG